GCGCCUUAGCCACAUUUUACUUCAUUCAUUCAUCGAAAGAACUUACAAAUUUUACAGCAAAAUGGCGGUGUAACUUUUGAAACCUGCAAACCUCUGGUCUGCAAUUCGCAACGAAUUGCCUUUUUCAACAUGGCACUCCAAAAUGGCUUCUCUGCAUCUGAUGCACACGUCACUGGAAUACAAUCCGCUGAGAUACAACAGCAAACAACCCAGACAACUUCUAUAUCAUCGUAUCACAUAGACCAGCAACAUGGAAUUCAUGGAAGAUUCCGAGAUUCUGUCGCUGUUCAGCGGCAAUGCCUCUCUGUGGGGGCAGCUACCUGAUGAAGAGGAAUUUCAUCUGGGAUCUGGUCUGGACUCGCAUCUGAAGGAGACCGAGCUAUCGUCGGGCUUGGACUCUACCGGUCCUAACUCACCACAAUCAGAUGUAUCAGAUGACCCUCUUCCUGACUGGAUGUCUCAGAAAGUUUCUUUAUCUGCAUGGCUCGGUGAUGAGGAGGACAUCCCAAUGGCAGACCUUAUGACCAUCCCAUCCUCCCCGCCUCCAAAGUCCACCUCUCCCCCAGCUGAAGAUUCAGAACUCUUCAAGGAGCUCCUUGCUGAGAUUGGCGUCCCUCCUACCCCCGCGUCCUCAGUCGAAGACCAGUCCGCUGAAGCAUUGCUGGCUAUGUCUCCAGUGAGCUCCAUCAGUGAUCCUGGUUCUCCUGUUUAUCAGGAGACAAUGUCUCAGCUCAUAUCGGAGCCAUCAUCCCCUAUGGUCUCAGGGGUCGAUAGCGCACCUGUUGGAGACUUAGAGGAACAGGCUCUGGCUCUCCUUGAUGCGAUGGGAUGCAUGGAGUUCACAACGAACCAAGAACCCUCCGGCGCACAGGUUAUAACUAUCACUCUACCAAUGAUUGAAGACCAAAUGGCCAUCCAGCAACAACUCAUACAGCCUCCUGACUCUCCCAGUUCCAUUGAUUCAUCUAUGCCUGCAUCCCCGGAGGAAUCUCCCAUGCCUUCCCCUUCCCCAAGCCCAACCCCAAAGAGAACUAAAUCAAAGCCCAAACUUAAGAACACUUCUCCCAUUGAGAAAAAGUCUAGGAAGCGUGACCAAAACAAGAAUGCAGCCACAAGGUAUCGUGUCAAGAAAAGGAUUGAAACCGAUGCUGUUGAAGGUGAGCUGAAAGGACUUGAAGAUACAAACAGAGAAUUAAAGGACAAAGCUGAAGGGCUUGAGAAAGAGAUCAAGUAUCUCAAAGAUCUCUUGAUACGCGUCUUGAAAGGAACAAUUAGUAACAUCAAAUCAACGUGAACCCUUCAUUGUAAAAAUGUAUUGUAUGCUAUGUGAAAUUUUGUGCUAUGUUUGAUGUAAAUAUACAUAGUUGUACAUUUUAUUUUCUUUAACACUGAAAUGAAUGAAUAAUGCAUGAAACAAAAUGAAAUGACCAAUUUCAUAUGUUGGACAAGUCUUUUAAAAAGAAAAAUUUGAAUUGAUUAAACCGUGUACUUCAACGGACAGAGGGGAGGGCAGAAAGACUUUGAUUACAGUACACAUACUCAAUCAUCCACAGUUGGAAGAUCCAAGUGGGUUUAUUUAACUUUUGGUUUUGGUUUGUCCUUUUCAUUGAGCUACUUGCUACUACUCCAUGGGGGGGGGGGGGGGGGGGGGGGGGUGUACUUUUUGACACUUAGGCAGCGUUUCACGAAACUGUCAUAGGUACUAGUUUGCCAACAUCCUGUUGAAGUGCAUGUAUCAUAACCAACAUGUGUUUCAAUGUGAUGUCAUUGAACUUGUACUUCAGGCAGUUUUGUGAAAUGCUGCCCUGUUCUCUAAGAUAGUGAAAUAUAUUACAAACUUUGUACAUGUGUAGAUAUAGACAUUGCAGUCUAUUUACUGCAUGAUAUAAUUGAAUGGUGACUUCAAAAUGAUUUGGAUUAAAAUUUGUUCAAUGUA